UUCCCGCCGGCUCCGAGCGUUGAGAUUCGUUUCCGGGGGCCGAUAUCGCCAGUUGCAGAGCGCGGGAAGAGCUGUUGUGACCAGAUCCAAUGAUGGAUGCACAAGAGGAUGUGGAUUGCAAGCCAAUAAUGGAUGAUGGAGGAGGAAGUCAGUCUUCUGAAGCAACGUAUUCCCUUGGAAGCUCGGGAGAUUGGCUUGAUGUGAAGGAGGAACCUCAAGAGAAUUCAACCCAGCUAUGGGAAAUGCAGUGGCAACAGUACUUGAAUACAGUGGAGCUUCCUCCCUUGGGAGCCCCGCAGGAGCCCACCCCGUGGGACGAUGCUCCGACCUUCCUGGCCUCCUUCGAGCAAGUGGCUGAAGCCUACCGGUGGCCCAAGGAAGAGUGGGCAGCCCGGCUCCUGCCUGCACUGGGUGGAGAAGCCGAGCAGGCCUUUAAAAGCCUGGAGGGCCCAGACAGAGAGGAUUAUGGGAAGGUAAAGGCAGCCAUUUUGCAAGGAGACACCAUGAGCAGGGAGAAGCACCGCCAGCACUUCCGGUGCUUCAGCUACCAGGAGGCCGAAGGGCCCAGAGGGGCCUACACCCGGCUGCAGGAGCUUUGCUACCAGUGGCUGAAAGUCGAGAGGCACUCCAAGGAGGAGAUUCUGGAGCUGCUGAUCCUGGAGCAGUUCCUGGCUGUCCUGCCGCCAGAGAUGCAGAGCUGGAUGAAGCGGCACUGUCUCGAGAGCAGCACCCACGCGGUGUCCCUGGCCGAGGAUUUCCUGAUCAGGCAGUUGGUGCCCGAGAGAAGAGAAGAGCAGGUGGCUGGGCUCCCAGAGGAAGAAUCUAUGAACCUGCAGGAGACAGAGAGUGAAUCAUGGGAGGAUGACACUGACACUGAUCUUAGGACAGUGCAGGAAGAUGGAAGCGAGAAUUAUCUGCCUGAAGAGAACGGGCAGGAGAAGCACCCUCCUGAGAUGGGGCCAUGGGGUGUGUCGGCAGAGAGAGACAAGGAUAACAGUCCCCAGUAUCGGAAGGAGGGAGGCGUCUGGGAGAAUAGUCGCAGAGCGGAACGGCAGCAGGUGAUCUACCUGAGGAAAGAUGGGCAAAGAUCCGUUCUUUGUGAGAAGGUUGGCAGGGAAGCAAGUAUAACUGUGAUCUACCAGGGAACCAUCGAUGGCAAGGGAAGUGGGAAGGCCUCGCGCACUCAGGGAAAACUGCACAAAUGUUCCCACUGUGAGAAAAUCUUUAGUUGCCCAACGCACCUAACAAAACACCUGAUGCUGCAUUCGGCUCAGAAGCCCCUUAAAAAUCUUGGAAGACACCACACUGGAGAGGAACCCUAUAAAUGCACAGAUUGUGGAGAGUGUUUCUCACAGAGCUCAUCUCUUGACAGCCACAGAAAGGAGGUGCAUCAGGAAAUGAAACCCGCCACCCUGCGAAAAAAUGUAUCCGGUGGGCAGAAGGAAUACCACCCUUGCCCCGAGUGCGGGAAAAAAUUCUUCAAGCCAUCACAGCUGAAAUUGCAUCGACGCCUCCACUCUGGAGAGAAACCCUAUCGGUGUAGUGAUUGCGGCGAGUGUUUUAUGUGGCGUUCAGGUUACGCUCGCCAUGAGAAGGUGUGUCGCCAGCAAAAGAAAUUGACCCGCCCCCUGCAAGAAGGACCUAGUGGGCAAGGGAGAUCCUACCCGUGCCCUGAGUGUGCAAAAAUAUUUGACAGGCCAUCGCACCUAAUAAGACACCAAGUUGUUCACACUGGAGAGAAACCCUAUAAAUGUGCUGAUUGUGGGGUGUGUUUUACCCAAAGCUCAUCUCUUGACUCUCAUAGAAAACAGAUUCACCAGGGAAAGAAACUGGUCCCUCUUCUGAAAAAACUACCCAGCACGCAACCCUCCCGGUGCUGUGAGUGCGGAAGGAGGUUCAGCAAUGCUUCGCACCUCAUAAGACAUUGCCUCCACACUGGAGAGGAGCUGUACAAAUGCGCCGACUGUAGAGAGAGUUUCUCACGGAGCUCGUGUCUUGUCAGUCACAGAAAGGAGAUGCAUCAGGAUAUGAAAUCUUCCCCCCUCCAGAAAAACGUAUCUGGCGGGCAGAAGAAUUGCCACCCGUGCCCUGAGUGCGGGAAAAUAUGCUCCCACUCAUCAGCGCUAAAAACACACCAGCGGAUUCACACUGGAGAGAAACCCUAUCAGUGUACCGAUUGCGGGGAGAAUUUCAUGUGGGGUUCAGCUCUCUCCCGUCAUAGGCAGAAGGCUCAUAAGGGAAAGAAGCUGGUCUCCCUUUUGCACAAAGUAUCUAGUGGACAAGGGAAAUCUUGCCGGUGUCCCGAGUGUGGGUUAGAGUGCAGGUGGCUGUCGGAACUAAUAAGACACCGGCGCAUCCACACUAGAGAGAAACCCGUUAAGUGCACCGAUUGUGGAGAGAGUUUCAGAUGGAAUUCAUCUCUUAGAUACCAUAGGAGCAACUGCCCCGGGGGAAUGAAAUCGGUCCCCCAUGUGCAAGGGGGGUCCUCGCCACAACCUGAGCAUGGGCGAACAUUCAGCAAGACGUCGCACAUAAUAAGACGUCAAGUGAUCCACACCAAGAAGAGCCGCCACAGUUUUGGCCAAGCAUCGCUCCUUGCAAGACCCCAGACAAUCCACACGGGGGAGAAGCGGCACAAAUGCUCCGACUGUGGGAAACGUUUUGAUCGGCCGUCACGCCUCGCAAGACACCAGAGAAUCCACGCAAGGGAGAAGCGGCACAAAUGCUCCGACUGCGGGGAAAGUUUUGAUCGGCUGUCAUGCCUCGCAAGACACCAGAAAAUCCACACGGGAGAGAAGCAGCACAAAUGCUCCGACUGCGGGAAAGGUUUUGACCGACUGUCACACCUCGCAAGACACCAGAAAAUCUGGAUGGGAAAGAAGUUUUACAAAUGCCCUGAAUGUGAGGAGAGUUUUGUUUGCAGGGCCAGCCUUGCGAAACACAAGACGUCUCACUCUGAAUUGUAGGCCCUCGAGAGUGUUUCUGAGCAACUUGAUGGUGCUCUGUGAGCCACCCUGGGAAACAGUGUUUUGCAACAGAGGGGGGUCACCACAGAAAAGGCCUCCCCCCCCCAUUGCUGACUUCCAAAUUUCCUGGCUCAUUUGGAUUUGUUUAGUUUAAUCAAACAAAAUGUCAAAUUAUUUACUAGCCCAUUGGUAAAAAGACUGUAAUACAGUACCAAAAUGUAUUCAUUUAGACCAGAUAGGUUUUAUUAAGGACAGGCCGGUAGCUGUCCCAAGCCACAAACGUUAAAUUUUGUCCAUUAUAUAAAGCAACAUAAAAUUCCUUCUCUUUUUGGAGUUAGCUUUUGAUAACAGAUUUGUAACUUUUAGACCAUCAAAAUACGAGAGGGGAAUUCUUAGGUGUGGUUCCUUGAUUAUAUGCUAACGAUGUGGUGAAACGAAUUCUUGAAAAAUCAGAAACUAUGUUUUGGGCUUUACAGAGAACAACAAAAAAGUAACUCAUUUGACACCACUUCCAGUAAAAAAACAGUGUCAUAGGAGUGCUUAUCCCUAAAAACGUCUCAAAAUGAUUUCUUUAAAUCCUUUAUUAAUAAAUGUUAAGUAAUGUUGGGAGUGGUGGGGGGAAAUUUUUUUUCAGUAUGGCAUAAGUAGCAGCCAUAAAAUGGUUAGAUCCAAAUUCAUAUCAAUUUAAGGUUCUGCCCACUGAAAUUCCAAAAGCUAAGCUUGUGGCAGAAUUUAUUCAGUUCAUUUAUAUGUGGGUUGAGGGAAUCAAGAUUUACAGCCAUUUGUAAGGCCUUUCAAAAUUAUCAGUUGUGGUGAUGACGAUGACAAUGGAUUGAUAUGGAAAAAGAACUUAAUACAGUCAUACCUGGAGUUGUGAAUGCUGCGGGUUGCGCGUUUUUGGGUUGCGGACCGCGCCGAACCCGGAUCACGUUUGCAACCCGAGGUAUGACUGUACCUUUAAACAAAAUUGGAGCAAAUUCAUUUCUCUCCACUAGAGUGCAACGCCUGGAGAGAAUUUACAACCCUUUCCUAAAAUGGACCUUUAUGUUUUGGAUUGAAAAACUGAAUGUGUGGACACUUAAUGUCACCCCAGUGCUUUUAUCAUCGUGUCUCUUUAUAGCUUUGAUAAGUGUCAUCGAUUUGCCAGUUGCAAGAGGAGCUAUACCUAGCAUAAUAAGUACCUUGAUAAUGGAGUUCAGUUAAAAUCCGGCCAGCAAUUAAAAGAAGAAAAUAUCAGGCACUCCUGUUAUAAUAUACACCAAAUUCUCCAUUUGGGGAACCCCCCCGUAGUGAAACGCAGGCUAAUACGGAAAUUAACGAAUAUGGAAAUGCUAAU